AGAACCCGGAAGUGGCCGGGGAAACCAUGAGCCGACCUCGGAGGCUGCCCACCAUUUUACUCCAGAUCCAGAAAAUCCACACAACGGGGCAACAUCUGAAAUCCAAAACCGGGGCAGAGCAUCGCUGGCUGGAGAGACAUUUCCGAGAUCCAUUUGUGAAGAGAGCCAAAGAAAGGAACUACCGUUGCCGAAGUGCCUUCAAAUUGCUGGAGAUUGAUGACAAACAUUGCCUCCUUUGGCCUGGCCUUCAUGUCCUGGACUGCGGGACGGCCCCUGGUGCCUGGGCUCAGGUGGCUGUUGAAAGAGUCAAUGCCGCAGGAUCUGACCCAAAGCAGCCUGUUGGCUUUGUCCUCGGAGUUGAUCUUCUUCAUCUGUUCCCUCUGGAAGGAGCAGUUUUUCUCCCUCAUGCUGAUAUCACUGAUCCGGGCACCCAAAAGGAGAUCCAAACCCUUCUCCCGAAAGGAAAAGCAGACAUUAUCCUAAGCGACAUGGCCCCGAACGCAACCGGCAUCCGGGAAUUUGAUCAUCUAAAGUUGAUUCAUCUCUGCCUGUCUCUUCUGGAUCUGGCCCGAGGCAUUUUGCGGCCGGGAGGGACCUUGCUGUGCAAAUUCUGGGAUGGCAAGGAGACCCACCUCCUCCGAAGACGGCUGUUGCAAGAUUUCCAGGAAGUGAAGACCCUAAAACCUCCAGCGAGUAGGAAAGAAUCGGCGGAGACUUUUUUCUUAGCAAAAACUUACCGAAGCGUGUCAAAUGUGCAGCAGAAUAAGCUUGAGUAGCGCUACGCAUUCUGUGUGGCAUCACUUAGCAUUGAAGCACCAGACGUGGUUGCAACAAUAGCUGCAUUUUUUUGUUUGCAGAGUAAUGAAUUACAGGUUGAAAUUUUGCAGGCUAGUGGAGAAGUGAGGUCCUUGGUGUUCUCUGACCCUGAUGGGUUUUUUUUUUGCAGACUUUUCAUGACCCAACUAGGUAACAUCAUCAAUGCUAGAAGGCAGUAGGGUUUGCAGAGUGGAGGUGGAGGAGGAAGAG